AUGGCAGACACGGUGUGGGUGCUUGUCGCUGCAUUUCUGGUUUUCUUUAUGCAGGCAGGGUUCGCUAUGGUGGAAGCUGGCUUCACACGUGCCAAGAACGCUGUCAACAUUCUCAUGAAAAACCUAAUGGACUUCUCACUGGGUUCCAUCGCUUAUUGGGCGAUCGGCUUUGCCAUCAUGUUUGGUGCUGGUAACGCUUUUAUGGGAACAAGCGGAUGGUUUGUUCCAACUGAUUCUGGUGUGUUUGCUUCAUUAGAGUGGAGUUCCGUGCCGACGCAUGCCGCGUGGAUCUUCCAGUUGGUAUUCGCCGCUACUGCCGCGACUAUCGUUUCUGGCGCAAUGGCAGAACGCACACAGUUCAAAAGUUAUCUGAUUUACAGCGUCUUCAUCACCGGUAUCAUUUACCCCAUUGUUGGACAUUGGAUUUGGGGUGGUGGCUGGUUAUCAAGUCUGGGUAUGUCGGAUUUUGCGGGUUCAACUGUGGUCCACUCAACGGGUGGUUGGCUCGCAUUGACGGGUGCCAUCGUCUUGGGUCCCCGCCUUGGUAAAUAUGAUGGUGAAGGGAAACCGAGACCGAUUGCUGGACACAAUCUACCCCUUGCCGCACUCGGUGUCUUUAUCUUGUGGCUCGGUUGGUUCGGGUUUAACCCCGGUAGCCAAAUGGGCGCGGAUGCACUUGACAUAUCCAAAAUUGCCGUAACUACGAACCUUGCUGCUGCCGCAGGUGCUAUCACGGCUAUGGUUACUGCGUGGAUACUCCUCGGCAAACCCGAUGCCGGUAUGUCGCUUAACGGUGCGCUGGCUGGCUUAGUCGCAAUUACUGCCGGUUGUGCAACUGUGAGUCCGGUGUCCGCUGCGAUCAUCGGUGCCCUCGGUGGUGUUGUAGUUGUCCUGAGUGUUCUGUUAUUUGAAAAACUUCGGAUUGAUGACCCGGUCGGUGCCAUCUCCGUUCAUGGUACGUGUGGUGCAUUAGGGACGAUUCUCCUCGGAUUUUUCGACAGUUCAAGUGGGGUUUUCUUCGGUGGAGGAUUCGGACUUCUCUGGGCACAGAUCGUCGGUGUCUUUGCUGUUUCUCGCAUGGUGUCUCGUUACUGGCUUUAUUCUGUUCUACGGAAUCAAGGCUGUUACAGGUUUGCGAGUCACUGA